CUAUGUACGUUACGAGAACAUGGGGGUAUGAGUAUGAAUCGUAUGCUCGUGAUUAGAAGUACAAAGUACGGUACAAUCAAGUUACAUACGAAUAACACUCGUCACGUUUUUGUCAUUUUAUUUGCUUCACUGCACUUUCUCCUGCCGUAGGAAGGAAAAAAAGAAUCGAACCACAACGAAGCAGCUAAAACAAAACAAGACGAAACAAGACGAAAGCACCUACUCUCAUGACGAGGACGAGGAGGACGACCCGCAUCUUCGGGGCACUAGGGGCGCUUCUGCCGGUGCUCCCUCUGUACGCAAUCGCGAUUGCAUCCGCGGCCACAUCGUCCACCGCCGCCUCUUCCUCGCUGCCCGGGGACCAUGGGGACGCAAGGGACGUCCUCGGCAGGGCGAGGCGCCUCGAGCCCCCGCCCGCCGAGUCCGUCCUCUACGGCGACACGGAGGGCGCCGAGUGGUGGGCGGAGCACGACGACCUCCUCCGCGCGGCCUGGGACCGGUGGGAGCGGGAGCAACAAAGCGUCCGGGCCGCCGUCGGGGAAGGCUCCUUCCCGGAGGCCCGCCGCUUGGUCGAUCCGGUCCUGGUGGUGGGCGUGGACCGCGCCACGAAGGAUCCGACCGCCGCGAACGAGGCAGCCGCGGUGGCCGGCUGGGAGGCCAUCGAAACGGGGGAUGGGAACGACCGGGUCUUUGUGUACCCCUCGUUCCUUGAUGCCGGGGGGGUYCGCCUCCUCCGGGAACGCCUCGACGCACUGUCCGGGAGCGGGAUCCCCACCCGGAGGCCCAACGCCAUGAACCGCAACGGCCUCCUCCUCGAUACGGGCAUCCCGGGCGGGGCCUCCGGGGACGGGGAGCUCCACGCCUUUCUGGCGGAGCUGGCGGGAAGCUUUGCGCGACCGCUGGGCCGGGCCCUCUUUCCGUCCUUUUGCGGAAACCGGGCGGACGAUGCCUCGUACUACGCCUUCACCAUUCGGUACGGAACGGGGYAUGGGACCGACCGGGAAAGGGCGGCGGACCGUCCCUGCGACACGGAGCUGAAGGAACACUCCGACGCRUCCCUGUACACACUCAACGUCAACCUCAACCUGCCGGACGAGGAAUACUCGGGAUCCUCCCUCUAUUUCGUGGCACCGGAAACACACAGCGCAACACCAAACGCAACCUCCACUGUAUCCGCCCGCAAGCAGAGGACCGUGGCCGUUCCGAUGGAACCGGGAACGGCCGUCCUGCACCGCGGCGCCUCCCGGCACGGGGCCCUCCCCCUCGAGGGGGGGAGCCGGUACAACCUGGUGGUCUGGCUCUACGGCGGUGGCGACGCCGGUGACCACGACGAGGGAUACGUCCGCGUCGCGCCCUACCGGGAAGGGGAGCGGCUCCCGGUGCGGGAGCGGUGGUCCCUCGAACCACCGCGAGGACAAGCGCAAGCUCAAACACCGGCGCCGUGGCGGCCCGGGCAAAAGGAGAACUAGCCGGGGGCGGGGCUAGGGGUGUGGCCGUCGAAGGAUUCGGCGCAAGGCGGGGUGACCUGUUCUUUCGGCGACGGUGUCAACGAGACCAGCACGAAUCGAAUGGUGGCAGCCGCCGCGCAAGGCAUCCGGCCCGGGAACGGGGCAAAACAUCGCUCUCUCUCCCCUGCACGGGCCAAACGAGGACAAAACUAAUGCGUGUCUGGCGUAUCCGAUGACAAUCUGCUCGAAAGCAUCGACUGCUACAACAGCAAAGAUGGCGGCAUCCAGCGCUUCAAUCGUAUUCAAAAAAAGAGGACAGAUUGGGGCAGCAAUCAAAAACAGCAAGUGACGAGCGUACAAGUAGCAUCGGGAUGAAAAUGACAAACGGAAGACGUACUCAUUUUCUUGUUGAUCGAGAUCAAAAGCGAUCCAUCAUUCCAAAAACGAGAGUUGUUGGAGUCAAAGGCUAUCGCAUCCACUACCGUAUGAAGACAUCAUCGUAAACGAAUCAAAGUGGAGACCAUGGAGGUUUAAUUAAAUCUCAUUUGUCACA